AGUGACAUUUCAUACUGGCGUGCCGUUGUCGUGUCAGUCUCAGUACAGUAUUUUCCCAGUAGGAUCGGUCUGUUGUUCACUUUGUGUUACACCUGUAGAUGGAGGUAGAUCCGUGAAUUUUUCGCUGGCGGAAAAAUCACACAAUAGUGGCUAGUGCACUGUAUUUUACAAUAGCAUUCGAAGCAAAUCAGCACUUAGUGAAUCAAGAUGGGAAUUAAAUUUCUCGAGGUGAUAAAACCUUUCUGCAGUAUUCUGCCGGAGAUCGCCAAACCGGAGCGGAAAAUUCAGUUCCGCGAGAAGGUGCUAUGGACGGCAAUUACCCUGUUUAUUUUCCUGGUGUGCUGCCAAAUCCCGCUCUUUGGCAUCAUGAGUUCCGAUUCGGCUGAUCCCUUCUACUGGAUUCGUGUUAUUCUGGCCUCGAAUCGGGGAACGUUAAUGGAGCUUGGUAUUUCGCCGAUUGUCACUUCCGGAUUGAUUAUGCAGCUACUGGCCGGUGCAAAGAUCAUCGAAGUUGGUGACACUCCAAAGGAUCGAGCAUUGUUCAACGGGGCGCAGAAACUGUUCGGAAUGGUUAUCACUGUAGGACAGGCAAUCGUCUAUGUUAUGACCGGAAUGUACGGUGAUCCCGCCGAAAUUGGUGCCGGUGUUUGCUUGCUCAUCAUUAUCCAGUUGUUUGUUGCUGGUCUGAUUGUAUUACUUUUGGAUGAGCUGCUUCAGAAAGGCUACGGAUUAGGAUCUGGUAUUUCUCUGUUUAUUGCUACUAACAUUUGUGAAACGAUCGUAUGGAAGGCUUUCUCACCGGCUACUGUUAACACUGGCCGCGGCACAGAAUUCGAAGGUGCUGUUAUUGCUCUAUUCCAUCUGUUGGCAACCCGACAGGACAAAGUGCGCGGACUGCGUGAAGCUUUCUACCGUCAAAAUCUACCAAAUUUGAUGAACCUGCUAGCUACAGUUCUGGUGUUUGCGGUAGUUAUAUACUUCCAGGGCUUCCGCGUUGAUCUACCAAUCAAAUCGGCCCGUUAUAGAGGUCAAUACAGCAGCUAUCCAAUCAAAUUAUUUUACACAUCCAACAUUCCAAUUAUUCUACAAUCGGCGCUCGUUUCUAAUCUGUAUGUUAUUUCACAAAUGCUUGCGGUUAAGUUCCAUGGCAACUUUCUGAUCAAUUUGCUCGGCGUGUGGGCUGAUGUAGGAGGCGGUGGCCCAGCCCGUUCGUAUCCGAUCGGAGGACUUUGCUAUUAUCUCUCGCCACCUGAAUCCCUUGGACACAUUGUGGCCGAUCCAAUUCACGCUGUGCUAUACAUUGUAUUCAUGCUUGGAUCGUGUGCUUUCUUCUCUAAAACGUGGAUUGAUGUUUCCGGCAGUUCAGCGAAGGAUGUUGCCAAGCAACUUAAGGAGCAGCAAAUGGUGAUGCGUGGCCACCGUGAGAACUCGAUGAUUCACGAGUUGAACCGAUACAUUCCAACGGCAGCCGCCUUCGGUGGUCUCUGCAUUGGUGCACUCUCCGUGCUGGCAGAUUUCAUGGGCGCUAUCGGAUCCGGUACGGGUAUCCUGUUGGCCGUAACCAUCAUCUACCAGUACUUUGAAAUCUUCGUCAAGGAGCAAAGCGAAAUGGGUGGCAUGGGAACAUUGCUCUUCUAAUUUUCUCGUCGUACUCUUACUUCUUAGUAGAUCGUUCUUUUGUUUCAACUUUUAUAUGCUUAAGUUAAGCGCAUUUCGUGAACCGUAAGUGAGAGAUAAUGGAAGGUGGAAUCGCUACCAUUUACGGAAUCGUGGAAGUAAAUAGUAACUGAUUUCGAGGGCGAAAAAUGCCUGAACAAUUUAUAAACGUUAAAGUGUUGCUGCCGGGCGAGAUGAGGACAAACCCCUUAGUUUUGUAAGGAAUGCAAGAGGACUUAUUCAGAUUAUGAUAAAAAAUUUUGUUUGUUUGUUCAUGAUUUUAGUUCAGUCCUGAAUGAAGGUAAAUCAAACAAAUAAUGCAACACGCUAUAGUAGCGCAAAGUAUGUCAAUAAAGAUGUGUAGAAUAUUGAA